CUAAUGCGUCACGGCCAGCAAGAACGAGCGGCGACCACCUCCCAGCCAAGUUUCGAAGCUCGCACACUCAAGACAGCCGUCCACGCCCCAUCCACGGUACCACCCCCUCCGAUCCCUGCCGUUCUUGUCGGUCUGGGCCGACCAAACCAGAAGUUGGACAAGUUUCGAGAGAGCGUCAACUAUCUGAAUUCUCUUGAAGCGGAUGAGGAUGCGCCUGGUGCUUACAAGGCACGAGCCCAUCCCAACCUCGGUGGUCUGCUCGUCGCACGAUGCAUCGCCCGGACGCAGCUCGCCAAUUUGGACCCGACUCGUCUGGUCUUAACCCUCGUUGCGUGUGUCGACUGCAAGUCGGCGUGUGUCCAGGAGCAUGGUGCGUUGUGUACUCGUCAUUCCUUCCUCCACCCCUCCACUAGACUGCUUCUGUCUCUUCGUCUUCGAAUUUUCGGACUCGCCACCGCAUAACGCUGUCACGGUGCGUUACACAUGCCAGCUCGAUGCGCAAGUCGGUGCAUACGGCGGCGCCAGUGGACUCGCCACUGUUCGGGCCGACUGCUCUCGUCGUUUCAUGUCAGCAGUGCCGUGGUCUCCCGCACCAAAUGUGACGUGGACGCCGGGGGAUGACACUGGCUAUCCCUUGGUACUCGGCCCGGGGUUAUGCCCCGCCCCAUUCCUCAUCGUCGAGCACGAGUGGAAUCACCGUCCUGCGGCGGCCCUGGUCCACCUCGGGCGCACCUACGCUUUGGAGCCACAAUGUAAAGCCAUUGUCCUCAGCAAGAUUUACAAUCGUCGGGUUGGAACUGGUAGAUUCGCUGGGUUUGUACUCGUGCUCUUGCGCAACGUGAACGGCAUGUACGUCCACCAGUUCCUUUCCUUCGGUACGGCUCCGCUUGAUGCAGUGGUGAUUCGGAGCAUCCGACGCGCGCUGAUCGAACCACACACAGCGCUGGGGCAUGCGGUUCCGACCAUCCAAUUGACACCUCAUGGCACGGUCGGCGUCGACGUCGGCCAGCCACCAGUGCCACUCGACAACCACCUGGGUGUGUCGCCGCGUGAAUUGCUCUCCGUGGAGACACAUCCCGAUCGUGUGGUUCGACGCGUCUCCGACAAUCAACUUGCGACGUGGACGUGGUCUGAGCCACCCCCCCUUCCCAUGUCCAUCACAAUUCCUGGUGGGCUCAUCCCUGUCGUGCACGGUAUGGCUGACUUUCCUGGCGACAAACCAGUGCCAGCGCCACCCAACUUCCAAGCGCCACCGCUCAUCAUGAUCGACCUGAUGGCGAUUGUCAUGGCCCACGGUCGAGCCACACCAUAUGCAAACUAGAUUGUUUCUACCAACCACCUCGUUGGUUAGACAUUCGAAGGUUUGAAAUCGAAUUUUCCCUCGAUUUACACUUGCCGAAACUCAAAAACAAUUCGGAUGGAUAAACCAAGAAAGAAGCAUCUCCCAAGAAAGUGCGAUCUUGGUAAAUUGCUCAUGCGGUCACCUGACAAAGUAUCGGACGAUGAAGACAACGAGUUUCAAGAAGACCCAGAGGAAAAGUAGAAACUUAUCGGAAAGUCAUAUUUAGUUUAGUUAAAAAAAGAAAUAAACAGGUGUAGCGUGAA